AUGCGCUGCCGCCACUUCCUAACCCCCCUCCUCUCCCCCCUCUCCUUCGCAAAACCCCCUUCCCGCCCCCUCGCCAGCCGCGCCCGCGCCGUGGCCUACCCGCCCUCCCAGCGCCGCGCCGCCCUCGCCGAGCCCGACGUCGGCAUCUCCCAGUUCGCCUCCUCACUCCCCGGCUUCCGCGGCGCCCUCAAGCAGCGCUACUCCGACUUCAUCGUCCACGAGGUCGCCCGCGACGGCACCCUCGUCCGUCUCACCUCCUUCGACCUCCCCGACGAGCGUGCAGAUACGGAUGACGAGGCCGAAGCGGACCUCCCGCGCGCACUGGAAUCGUUUCGGCUGCUCUGCGGUGACGCCGACUGUGAGGCGUUAAGGGGAUUUCUGUCGAGGGUUUCAGAGGGUGAUAGUGAUGUCUCACCGAUCAUUCUCUCCCCUGACGCCGAUAAGGCUCAUCGCUUGGAGGUUCAUGACUUCUUCAAGAGGAACUUCAUCUUCUUGGUGACGGACACCGUUGAGCACAGCGAUGGGGUCCAGAGGUGUAUUAGGGUGCGGUUGAGGUCAGGGCCACGUGGCCGGAGGAAUGUUGGUGAGAAAGCGAGCAAUAGGACGGGCAUAGGCAGUUCUGAACCUUCAGGCUGGAGAGAUGACAGGCCAUUUGAUAGUAGAGGAUCUAUAACCUGGCCUUAUCAUCUUGGGAAGUUUCUCAGGUUUCAUCUCUACAAAGAAAACAAGGACACCCAGGAGGCACUAAGAGUUAUAGGAAAAAUGUUAGGGCUUCAGCCACGAUCUUUUAGGAUUGCAGGGACAAAGGAUAAACGUGCUAUUACAACCCAGCAGGUAACACUUUUCAAGGUACAUGCCAGUAGGUUGGCUGCUCUAAAUAAUAAACUCACUGGCAUUAAAGUUGGAGAUUUUAAUUAUGUAAAGGAGGGCCUUGUUCUUGGUCAACUCAUGGGAAACCGAUUUACAAUUACCUUAAGGAGUGUUAUCGCAGAAUCAGAAGACAUGAUUAAGGUAGCUGUUGAUGGAUUGAUAAAAAGUGGGUUUAUCAAUUACUACGGUCUGCAGCGUUUUGGUAGUGCUUCAGUACCAACUCAUCUCGUUGGUGCUGCUUUGCUUAGAGGAGAGUGGAGAAGUGCUGUUAGCUUGAUUCUUGAUCCAAGGGAAGGAGAGUGUGAUGACAUGAAUGGGGUGAGGGAACAUUACAAGGAACAUGGUGAUAUUGAUGUGGCAAUUAGGAAUUUUCCUCGGCGUCUCAUAGCAGAGAGGGCUAUCCUUCAGCGUUUGAAGAAGUACCCUGGCAACUAUCUACAAGCACUAAUGGCUAUACCUAGAGCACUGAGACUGAUGUAUGUACAUAGUUACCAGAGUUAUCUAUGGAACCAUGCUGCGAGUAUGAGAGCUGGAAUGUAUGGUUUAUCAGGGGUCAUAGAAGGUGACUUGGUUUACAAAAAAGAAUGUCUUGGAGAAGGAACUGUAACACAUGCUUCAAAAAAUAAUGAUGACCACACCAACGCAUCUGAAAUGGACAUAUUUGCUGAAACACUUCCGGAAGAAAUGAUCCAGUCUGUCAAGAUAGCUGAUUCUGAAGAUUUAUUGAAGGCAGUGUACACACUCGAGGAUGUUGUCCUUCCUUUGCCUGGCUCAGAAACAUUGUUUCCUGGAAAUGAAGUUGCUGGCAUUUACCAUGAAAUAGCUAACAAGGAUGGUAUUAGCCUGACAGAGAGCAUCCAUGGAGUCAAGGAAUUCUCGAUUACAAGCAUGAAAGGAGGUUACCGUCGUGCAUUACAACGACCUAUUGACUGUGAAUGGGACCUCAUGACUUACACAGAUGACAAAAUACCCUUAGUGGAGACUGACUUAGAUGUUCUAUCCAAAGCCAAGCCAUCUGAAGUAAAUGAGCUAUUAUCUACAGGGGCGUCACAUGAUGAUUCAUUGGACACUUUUGGAGCAACCAUCCUAGCAGAGACCGAAACUAUUGGCAGCUCAGAUCUGUUACCAGAGCUUGCCGUAAAAUUAAGUUUUACUCUACCGACAUCAUCUUAUGCUACAAUGGCUAUCAGGGAGCUGACGAAGACUUCAACUUCGGUUGAUUGUCAGAAAGCAUUAAACUCCUGA